AUGUCCACUACAAACCCCUCCGCCUCUCCAUCCCGCUCGCCCCAGCCUUCACAACAAGACGACAACCACCACCAACACCAACAACAAGAACAACAGCAGCAGCGCCUAAAAGUCCACACCCACCACUGCCGCUUCUGCAACCACCUCCUUCUAGCCACAACGCGCACAGUCGCGACGCUCCCCCGCCGAAAAGCCCCAGCGCAGGAUAACGCGCUGAUUCUCCCACUUCCGCGCGCUGACGAGGACGAAGAUGACGACGCAGAGCCAGACGCAGCCGAACCCAACCGGGCCGAAAAAACUGAAGGCGAAGGUGAAGAACAGGGGGCGAGGAAAAGGCGCAAGCAGAAACACUAUACCAUCCUCCUAGCCACAACUCUACCCGAUCGCAAGGCGACGCUGGUCCGUCGGGAAGACGGGUUCGAGAAGAGGCGGUUCCUGCGGUGUGGGCGGUGUCGGGUUGUGGUGGGGUAUUUCCUGGAUGCGGUGCAUUUUCCUGUUGCACCUGGGAAGGGCGAGGAUACAGUCGAAGGGGAAGAGACGGAUCAAGAGCCGCGGGCUGUAUAUUUACUUCCUGGGGCGUUGAUGGAGACGGAGAUUAUGGGCGACGAGGAGAAGAUGCGGGCGAUGGAUCGGGAAUGGAGCGAGUGGAUUUCUCAAUAG